AUGGCCACCCCCAUCCGUGUCUCCUUCUCGAAUGCCCCGCCCAGAGAUACACCCGCCCCCUCAUCUCCCCUAGUCCCGUCCAGCUCGAGCCCCAGCAAACCCGCCCCGCUCGGUGUCGCCCGCACCUUAUCUGCUAGUCGUCGCGGCGUCAUCUUCUCCCCGCGAAACCACACCAAAUACUUCCACUCUGACGAUUCCAUCGUUGGAUCCUCCUCCACCCAGGUUCCCGCUCUCAAAAAGCUUCCAGCAUCCGACCCCGUCACCCCCACCUCACACAGUCAUCUUCAGGCGCAGGAGACUCCGCUGCGGCAAAGUAUUCUCAAGUCACGCGCCGACCAGAUACGCAUAGCCGCCAACGUCGAAGAAGGGACGUUGAACAAUCGAGAGCCGGCUCGCCUAUUGAUCAGCGGUAAGCGGCCAUCUCUGUUGGCCCGCGAUUCUUUUGAGCUGGCGAUUGGCGGCGCUGUCAAGGGCAAGGGCAAGGGGCGAAUGUCUAGUGAUGGGGCCAGCUCAUCGGACGACGACCCCAAGCACUCUGACGACGUGAAUCCAGCUGGAUCUGGUGACGGAGACGGGGAAAUCUCGGAAGAGGAAGAGGUGGAGGAAGAGGGUGGCUUGUCGAUCAGCUCCCUUGUUGACAUCGUUCUGAAUGGCGCCGAAAACCUCCUAACGUUGGAGGAAGCAUACAACAUUCUUACAAUCCGUCUGCGACAUCAUGUCCCCUCCGAUGACAGCUUGCUUCUUACGCCCGAACAAGAAGUCUCAAUACGCGACGCUACCCAGCCUAUCCGCGACGAAGCCCCCGCCUUGGUACGUGCCUUCCAAAGAGACGUCCUGCGGUUGCUCGGCAAACCUCCUAGCUCGGAACCAGCAAUAAACAAUCUCGAGUCGUCGCCUUUCCGGGAACUUGAGCCGAUAGAGGCUCCUCCGAGAAGUCGUUUCACACCUUCGCCAUCCCCUGACCAGGACAACUCCAGGCCUUCGCGUCAAGGCUACAACGGGCCCGAAAUUCGGUAUCGUAGAGAGGCAUCCGGCGUGGGUGCUGCCGUCAUCCGAUUUCUGGCCUUUGUCGUCUACAACCCCUGUAUGAGCUCUUGCUUCUCGGAUGUCGAUCUCCAAGCGAUCCUCGAGCAAGUUCUCACUAUUACCCGCACUCCCCGCCUUCCCACACCAAACCCCAAGCGGACGUACAUUCUCUGCGUCACCUUUCUCACUCAAAUCCGCCUGCCAGCUGCUGCCGUCAAUGCUGUCAAAGGCAAGCUCGUGAGCGCCGCGCUUAAAGCUGCUCAGGAUGAAUUCCGACUCAAGAUGAGCGGCGUACAGCCAGACAAGGCUGGACCUGGGGGCACAAAAAAGGAAGGCUUGCACGCUAUCGCCAAUCUUCUCUCCACCUACCCUCUCAUAUUCUUCCCUUCCUAUGCCGAGCUUUUGCCCAAUUGCCUCCGUGCCCUCUAUAGCCCAAAUAACCCCACUCGCUUCCACGCUGCUAUGGCAGUAAAUGCCUUUGCUCGUGCCAAGCUGGCUUUUCUUGAGCACGCUUUGGAAAGCGGCGACAAAUCCACCUGGGAUGCGGCGAACACUGUGGCCAGAAAAGCCGAGUUCUUUGUUAUUUCUCAUCUGACUGGUCUCUACAAGCCUGCCAACUCAUCCGCGCCGAUGGCUCGGAAGGAUGGAAUAAGGAGGACGGAGUGGAGUCUAUUGGAAGACAAGUUCAAGAUGACUGUUGGGUCGAACAAUGAAGUGCAUUGGGCGUGUAUCACAUGGGCUUCUCUAGUGACUCUUAUGGGGUCGGCGUAUGCAAACUCGGGAUUGCUGAGGGAUCAGUACGACAACAUUAUCGACCACUCUGUGCGGCGUACUACCAACUCGAACCGACCUCUCCUUGCUCGGGUGGCUUGGAACCACGCCAUCCAUGCUUACUUUUCCCACGGAGCCACCACUACCAUCCUUCCCAAUGGCAAAGUCGUCAGAGCUUUCAAUGUCUUCUUCGCCACCAGAGAGAUGUCGGUAGACCGGCUGGUGGAGCAGCUGCAGAUGCCUAUCAACCACGCGUUGGAUGAUGUCCUCAACAGUGGCAACUAUACCAUCUGCAAGGUGGAUGCCGAGGACCAUUUGCUGUGGAAAAGGUCGGAAAAGCUCAAACGGCUUGCGUGGAGUAAGACCGUCACCAAGUCGGCGACGGCACUGUUCUACGCCUAUGUUGGCAUGGCGCUUCAUAGCGAGCAGAUACCUGCGAAGGACAUGUCCGUCAUCAACGGCUUGCCUUCGUCUGACGCCGAAGACGAUGCUUCAAUGUCUUUGACUCUCGACCAGAAACGCCGCCCUCUUCUAGACCAAACGUGGGAAAAGGUCGUCUACCCCAUAGUCUACAAAAUGUUCCGUGUCUGCGGCAUCGACGACCUUACCACGUACGGCUGGGAUCUCCUCGAGGCUCUGACAUCGCCCAAAACAGACCGAGAGGUCCCUUGGAGCCUCGAUGCCCUCGUCAACACAGCUUACAGAGGUUCUGAGGCGCUCGAUGUUGAUAAUAACAAGGACGAGCAUCUGAAAGAAUUGUCCCAACACCUCGAAAGGAUCGAGCUCAAAGCGUCCGAUGUCCCUUCAUAUGGCCAAUCAUGGAUUGCAGCUCGUCUUGGGAAAUGGUGCACGCUGUUCAAAGACGCUCUUGCCAGCAUCCACUACAUCAACUUGCCUGCCAGUACGAAUUGGGUCAAAGAUGAUGCUGGUGUCCCUCUGAUUCCCGUUCCUCUAUCCGACGUUUGGACAAACCUCCUCACUGCUCUCCGGCAAUUGAUGGACAACCCUACGGAUGACAACAAACCGGUAAUCGUCAGCGGCAUGCGAGUGAUCACUGCUGUCUUGAUUGAAGUCUGGCAGACUCCUCCGGGCGACAUCACUCCGAUAUCCCUCAUGAACGAAGCUGGAAAGCUCAACGUCAAUGAAGACCGUCUGAGGAUUGGUAUCACUGCACACCUUUUCGAGGUUUGCUCCAGAGUCCUCGGCAGCAACAUGACAGUCAAACUCGCGCCAGGGCAAGAUUCCUCUCUGGGACUCUUACCGUACGCCCACACAGCCCUGGGCGCGGACGAGACCGAGCCGAGCAUGAAAACGACUACUUGCGCAGGCUAUCUUCUUGGCCAGAUCCUUCGAGCCGAGUUCCUCACUACGCCCGAUGAGAUCGGAACUCUAAGGGUGCCUUUCAUGCAGCUGGUCAAGAAGGUGUUGUGUGUAGGCCUGAAGGGUGAGCGGAAGAAGAUCUUGGGGGGCCUGACGCUCGCGGAACCCUUCUUAUUGGAAAGGUACGAAGCGCUGCAUAUGGAUAUCUGGAGAAUGACUGCCGAUGAAUGGAACAGAUGUACCGAAGAGGACAUCCAUCAGUCCCAGGCGGGCCAGUACGACAGAACGCCGACCAAUCACACCGGCAACCUUCUCGUUUCGCUCCUUACGGACCCUUGGCGCAACUCCACAGUUGGCUCCUAUUGGCACGCUCGUGCCACGGAAGCCGAUCUCAAUAGCUGGCAGACGCUAUUGAGUAGUACCAUCCAAAGGUUCAAGGCGAAAAAGGCUGUUGUGCAUUCUGGGAUCUUGGAGACUCUAGCCGCGCAUGUGCACGACUAUAUCGAAGCUCCUGCUUGCUUCGUCUCUCCCAUGACCCUCAAAUGCCUUGCUUUGGCAAUUUCCAACAUUUCUUUCCGCUCACAGGUCAGCAACAGUCAGUCCUCGCCUUGGCACGCGGGCGACAACUACGUCCCAGAAGACUUCCUUGCUCUUGUCGCCAAGUCUCUUCAAUUGGCCCAUGAUCAACGUACCGAAGUAUCAUCAGAGGCAUUGGCAUCUCUCUUUGCAAGCAUCAAGUCUAUGGUCGAACGAUUGCCCGGAACAUUCACUGUGGCCGUCGUCGGACCUCUAAACAGUGCCCUGCGGUCCUGGAUGGAAGAUAAGGACUUGGGAGAGGGUCUGCGUGUGACUCUUGAUGGUCUCAACAAGGCUCUUCUUGGCGCUUACGCCAGAGCGACGGCUGAAAAGGUUGAUAUCGAAAGCUUGCGGCUAUUCGUCAACUCAUUCUCUGGCCUGGCUCUUCGACCUCAACAAGCUGGCCAAGAAUUCUUUUACGUGUUCGACAAUGUCUUGCAGCUUGGCUACGCUCAAUCACCGGUGGAGACUCUUCCCAUCAUGGCUCAUGUCAUCCGCAUGAUGACCACCCUGAUGGGCGAAUUACCUGUCGGAGAGUGUGCCGAGCUCUUCGCUCAAAUCCCCGCUGGAUUGCUGCUUUGGUGCGAAGACGAGAUCAACAUUGCUGGAGACAUCAAGGAUGAGAUCAAUGAACUCUACCGAUUCACCCUCACAGUUCUUACCGAAAUCAUUCCUACAAACAUGCCCGCCAAUUCUGCAACUCUCAACAGACUCUUGCCUCUCUACAAAUCCCGCGCAACCGAAAUGAUCACUGCAUUCGUGGCCUUCUGGAAGGCUACUUUUGCAAACGUGCAGGGCUUGGAGUAUGAGUAUGAAACCAAAGAUUUCUUGCGAGAGAUGAAGGAAAUCUUGAGUUUGGGAGAUCUGGAACUGCCAGUCACUGGACUUGCAACCCAAGAAACUCAAAUUCAGGACGACCAGUCUCAGCCCGAGAUUGCAAGCCCCCAGCAGCAAGACCGAGAAGAAAGCUUUGAGGAGUUUGUCCCGACUCAAGAAUCUGUAUCUGAAUCUACUCAGGCGCAGUCCUACGACGCCGACGAAUCUCAACUCGAGUCCCAAAUUCAGUCCCUCAAUCAACGCGCCGAGCCCACAGUGCCAGUACGAGCCGCCAACUUUCACGGCUCGCAGACUGCUGCUACCCCUGCGACAGAGUCCAGCAGUCUCGAAUACGAAGCGGAUGAGGAUGUCUUCGGGCCCGCUGCUCUUGCAAAGCCCAAGGGUCGCAAGAGGGCUAAGAGAGCCUCCAAGGAGAAGCAGGCGCAGGAAGUGCAGACUGCAAGGGAGGAGAAGGCCAAAAGAAAGAGAGUCAAGAUCGAAGCAGGGGAGAGCGAGAAACGACGUCGAUCAUCUCCUGCACCAGUUUUCAGACCUUCGCUCGACACCCUCUUCCCCGAUCUCGACGAUUCCUCGGCGGACGAGUGUAUCGUUGUUCAACCUGAACUUUCGUACUAUGUUCGCAAGGGUCUCAAGCCCCCCGCGGAGCCCCUGGUGCAGAAUCACAAGAAGUCUGCGGAUAUUGAACUUGAGGACACGGACGUCGAGGAGCCUGAACCGAGCGAUGAUCAAGGAUUCGAAGUUGGUCCCACCCCUUCUCCUCGAUCAGCUUCUGGGCUGCAACCAGACUCUGCUAAGCAACGUGGAUCGCUCUUGUCCUCUGCCAGUCGCUGGUUAUCUCGCGUCCCUUCUCUUUUCUCCCAGAACACCACGCCUCCCCCACAGAGCGCCGCGCCCGUCUCCGUACCUUCCAGCUUCCCCGAGUCUUCUCAGUCUGAGGCUGGUUUCGUCACCGAGAAGCCGCGUAAACCAAGAAAGAGAAAGGCUGCUGCUGCUCAGCUGGAGCAGAAAGAGGGGUUCAAGCGAGCAAAGUCUGCUGCUUCCACGGCCUCAUCCGGUUCGGAAAGCAGGCGGAAACUGGUGCCUGUUGUAGAAGUUCCAUCUCGAGCUAGGCUCUUGUCUACCCCCAAGAGUUUCACGAAAGCGAAGGGCAAGGGCAAGGCCCAGGAGGCUCGAAAUGUAGGACGGCGGGAAGCAGAUGAUGACGAAGACGAUGAUUUGUUGUUGACUCCCGCAAGUGCGAGACAGCAAAGAGAAGAAGAAGAACUAGCUUUGACAGCUGCUGGUGUGUCGGCCAGUCAACAAUGGGAUGAGAGUGUCAGUGGGAGAUUUGCGGACGCACCCAGCGACCCAACUCCCGUUCAGCGAACACCGACUGCCCCUCGCCUUGCUGUCCCCAAAGAAGCACCUUUGGGCCCUUCUCCCGAACGUCGAACAACCGAGCAAAAGCAGCUGCUAUCCACCAUCGAAGACGCGAUGAAGGCGAAAGAUGCUAUUGAGGAAUUGGACUUUGAGGGGACAAAGGCGUUGCUGAAGAACCUGAACGAGAUGAGAGAGCUAGCAGAGAGGAGAAUCUUGGCCAAGGUUGACGAGAUCAGGAGGGAGCGUUGA